AUGGCUGCGCAGAAGAGUUCUGUGGGCUUUGGCGUAGCGCAAGCAAAUGACUAUUACUGGUACUGGCAAAGGGGGACACCAGUGUUCCAGCCCUGCCAAGGUUACCACUCGGGCAGCUGGUUUGAGCAGCCUCACAGCGGUUACUCCCUCUCUGGCUACACCUAUGGCUGUGCAACGGAUGGAAAUGGACACAACCUUUCUGUGCGUGAGACCUCCGGAUGCCCAGCUGAGAGUCUGGUCACAGCUAAGGAAAGCACAGCUCUGGCAGGAAAGCAAGAUGAAACCCCACUGGCAGAUCCAGAUCUUCACUUGAAUAUUGAAGAAUUGAACAAGCAGUUUAUGGUGAAAAGCGAAGAACUCUACGACUCUCUCAUGAGUUGCCACUGGCAGCCUUUGGAUACGGUUCAGUCUGAAAUCCCAGAUGAGACCCCCAGAGAAGCAUGA